CACAGACCUGCUCCACGCAGUCGUCGGUACAGAAAUGACACGAAGUGGGACAAAAAUCACUCGACCCGGUACUUUGACGUAUCUUAUGGUAGGGUUCUCUGCUCUCCUAUUCCUUACAAGUACCAUACUAACAAUACAGCUGUCGGUACCUUUCCUGGUGGGUGUUUCAAAACAUUCACCAAAAAUAUCUUCAGGAGACGCACCAACGGUCAAAAACGUUGUACACGCUAAGUCUACGAGCACUUGGAAGGGAAACACUAAGAAUGUCAAACCAGCAGUCCUUGUUAGGAGUCUAGUGAGAAUAACUCAAAGUCUUCAUCAAGCUUCUAUGCAUGCUAAAAGCUUGAAGACAAUAUCUGCCCUGAGAAAAGCCACUGGUGAGAUCAAGACUUUGCUACGACAAUUGGGUCUCAGUUACGGAAACGUCACAGCGAGGGACGUCACUGCUCCGCGCAUGGUUUGUCCAGAGGAGUACCGAGGGACUAAAUAUGGGUCAGACAGCUAUGAAAAAGGUUUUGAGACGGUACCUUGCGAACACAGCAGACCUCUUUCUGAACUUAUAACCGUUUUAGUGUUGCUUGAUAGUUCUACCACGUCUGUGCAUAGUGUUGUGACGGAUAUUCAAGGGGUUAUUCCCGGCGUCAAAACCGUCGUAGGGCUGAAGGAGCCCCGAACACACGGGUCAGGAGCCAAACCAGACAAUGCACUCGUUACACAGGUAACAUACACGAUGGAGGAACCUGAAGGUCAGGUAUGGAACUAUAUGUUGGAAAGCGUACAGACGGAAUAUGUAUUGGUAGCACGAGAUGUGCACAUCUUCGAUAAAAACAUGCGCAUUGGUCGUUUAAUCCGUGUGAUGGAGAUGCUUGGAUUUGUGGCGGCGGGUGGUGCAACGCGCGAUUCGCUUGACGGUAAGUGGAAGCUCGGGUGUUAUCAAAACGGAAUGCGGAACUACACGGCAGUUUAUCAGGAAGGAUACGAUGAGUCCAUACAGGAGUGUGUGAUAUGCGAUUACACGGACGGACCAUUCGUAAUCAGCACCAAAACUCUUCGGGAAGAAUCCUUCGAUAGCAAAAUUACAGGCGUCGGUCACUUCCAUGAUCUAUUUUUACGCCUUGGCCAGGAAAAGUUAGUUGUGUGUUCCGAUUCAAUGUUUCAUGUUAGACCCACAAUAAUGCAAGCCACAUCAACGUCAUGGGAAAGUUUUGCAAGGAAGUGGGAGAUUUAUAAAUUAAAAUUUGUCCCGGGACUAGAAAUAAUAUUCAAGUGUGAUUUCAAAACGAGGCAAGCAUGCGCGUUCAAGACGAGCAGAUUACAACAUCCAUGUUGUGUAGCCGAUAUAGUUUCAAUGUUGAGUCACGUGGUGUCGCUGUGCGAAUCACGAGGUAUAGUGUACGAGGCAAGGUCAGGGACGUUGCUAGGGGCUGUUAAGCUAAAGUCGAUUUUACCUUGGGAUAUAGACGCUGAUUUAAAUUACCUUCUGUCUAACUACAGUAUCGUAAAACAGCUUGUUUCUCACUUUUCAUUUCCGGGCCACAGGUGUCAUGUGCAGAUAGCUCCCCAAUACGAUUAUAACAACACUUUGCUGUCAGCAAGCUUCCAGUUAGACAGUAACACCAGCUUUUGGAAAGUGGAGAUCUGGGGUAAGCCUUCGAGUUCACUUACCUCCUGUACAUACCGUACCGCAGUGAAUAGCGAAAACGGGCGCACUGUUAGAACUAGGGUAAACAUAAACAACAUAUGGGUACAAACCGCCUAUAAUCCUGGACUUUGGGCCAGAAACAGGUACGGGUCAGAGGUGUUUAGACAUGCGCAGCACUGGCGGAGUCUUGGUAAGCUCACGAGCUUAGAACCAUACCCAACGCAUGCGUUCUUGGAAUGUCCGGAACCAGGUCACCACGCAUGCCUGGACUUCUUUAAUACUGACGGUAACCUGCAGUUCUCGGAUCCUAUUCCUUGAUUUUUUUGGAAAUCAAUGCGACAUAUUAAAUUCAUAGGAGUGUAUUGCU